UUCUCCUCCUCCAUUAGCUGCCCACACAUCAGCCUGAACGUUUGUGCUGUUGGGGUAAAGUGAACACGGCAUCCCCACUGAUCAUGCAACUGGCUUUGCUCUCACUCAUCCUGAUUGCCGUACAUGUGUCUGUACCGGUGGACUGUGCAAUGAGGGACCAAGACCCACACCAGGUUUUACAACACCAGCAGAGCAGAUCCAGCACACAUGCAGAUGCAUCUGCCAGUACGGGACGUUUCUCCUUGGAGCUUAGUGGAUCAAUGGGAAAAGGCAUCCACAGACACUUUCUGGUUAUUUUGCCAGUAAGAACAGACACAAGCAACUUUGUGUCAAUAUUUGACUUGAGAAGAAGAAGGUUUCUCUGCAUGGACUUAAAGGGAGAGCUGUACAAAUCUAGGCAAAAGGACAGAGAAGAUUGUCUCUUCCAGCGUAUUUGGUUAGAUUUGGUGAACCAGCGUGACGUGUUUUACUCCUUGAGUGGCGGCCGGCUGCUCAAACUGGAGGGAGCUGAGCUGCGAGUUGCUCACCAGGAGCCACCUGAGCCCUCCUCGGCCCUGCUGGAGAACUUCCUGGGUCCUUUGGUAAAGAGACAGAGGAGGAGCGAGGAGGUGAACCCCUCUGAUCCAUUAAGAUCACAGUCACAUUCCUCACAUUCUGUCAAGGACCACAAGGAUGCAGAUCACGCGCAACCUGAACAGGACAUGGCCGGCGCUGUGUCCAAAGAGACCAUCACCUCCUGUGACGACCCGUUGCGGGUCUUACAGUCCAAUGGGCCCGUCAGUCCCGUCAAGACUAACAUUGCAGACCAAGCAGAACAAGGCUAAGAUACUGAACAUUAAUAAGUGAAAAGUCACGAGGGGCUGCAUGUCUUUAUGUUUGUUCUGAGAACUCACUUCUUAUUUGACUCCACAGUGGGAGCUGACACUGUACUGUACACCUUGUCCUGCAUUUGUGGACUAUCAGUGAAGGCCACAAAAUGACUUACAAAGGGCUGGCAGAGUCACACUGACACUAGAGGGUGGCUUGUUAGUUAUAUUUUACAACAUCUGAGAAAAAAGACAGCAUCCAUAUGCCCAUAAAAUAA